CGUCACUCUGGGAUCGGCUGUGAGCUAACGAGCACCGCCGUCCACCAGCGGAGUUUGCUACCUCUUUUACCAUCGCCUUCUUGAGGAACAAGAGAAUCCAGUCAGGAUCCACCCAGCCAGGAGAAAGUCGCCUUGCCCAAAGCGGCUUCACAGAAGGCUGUGGGGAUUAAAGUCGCUCCGCUUUCGUCGAAACUGCCAGUGGUGCGGAUUCAUGCAUGAUUGUUAGCUCAAUGCGGUACGAAGCCAAAAAAAUGAUGCCGAUGUUCCUGACUGUUUACCUCAGUAACAACGACCAACAUUUUACUGAGGUUCCCAUCACCCCGGACACGGUAUGUCGCGACGUUGUGGACCUGUGCAAGGAGCCAGGAGAGGCCGACUGCCACCUGUCGGAAAUGUGGCGUGGAUCUGAGCGAGCUGUAGGCGACGGCGAGAGGAUGCUGGAUGUGCUUCAACGAUGGGGGCAACACAGACCAGAGGUGCGCUUUUUCCUGCGUCACAACCGAGCCCCAAGCAGGGAUUCGGGUGGGUCCAGAGGCUCGGAGGCAAAAAGGAAUGGGGUGAAGGGCCCACCAGACAGAAGAAUGGAGAAUGGGGUGGCACCACCCAGGAUGGACAUGACUUUGGCCGAGCUACAGGAGAUGGCUGCCAGGCAGCAGCAGCAGAUCGAAGCUCAGCAGCAACUCCUGGCUUCCAAGGAGCAGCGCCUGCGCUACCUGAAGCAGCAGGAGCAGCGGCAGCAGCAGCAGGCCUCUGAGCAGGAGAGGUUGCAGCGUCUCCGCGACAACAUCGACAACCAGGAGAGUCGCCUUAAGAAGGUCCGAGCCCUCAAGGGUCAAGUGGAGCAGAAACGUCUCAGCAAUGGCAAACUUGUGGAAGAGAUCGAGCAGAUGAACAACCUUUUCCAGCAGAAGCAGCGAGAGCUAGUGAUGGCUGCCACCAAAGUGGAGGAGCUCAACCGACAGCUGGACUUACUGAAAAACGGCAAAAUGGAAAGCCUCCACGACAACCAGGGCUCUGUGGCUGAGCUCGACCGCCUCUACAAGGAGUUACAGAUGAGGAAUAAGCUCAACCAGGACCAAAACUCCAAACUGCAGCAGCAGAGAGAGAACCUGAACAAGCGCAACAUGGAGGUGGCCGCCAUGGAUAAGAGGAUCGGUGAGCUGCGCGAUAGGCUGUGGAAGAAGAAGGCGGCGCUGCAGCAGAAGGAGAACUUGCCUAAUGGCUACCCUGGUAAAGAGAGGGCUUCAAAAGACACACAUCCUCAGGUGCCGUCUGACAGCCCAGCCGGGCAGCAACAGUCAGGUCCAUCUCGCGUGGCGGCGGUCGGCCCGUACAUCCAGUCGUCCACGAUGCCUCGCGGUGGCUCUGGCAGACACGAGCUGCUUGUAAAGCCGGCCUACCCUGACGGCACCGCCACCUUGCCCACGCACGACCUGCAAAGCAAGGCCGCAACAGGGAACCAGUCAUCCAAAGUGGAGUCCAACACCAACGGCCAUGGUCCAGCGUCAACACUCCCACGGAUGAGCUCUCACUCCCACAAAGUCCAAGAUGACGCUGAGCCCAAGCGGGACAGGAAAGUGCGUCCAUUUUCCAUGUUUGAGCCUACAGAGAUUCCCGCCACUUCACUCCGCAAAAACCAGAGCAGUGACGACUUGGUCAGGGAUGCUCAGUCUGCUCCCAAGGCUCCAGUCAAGAUCCCGCCCCCUGUCCCGACCAAACCAAAGGGCCCGAAUGUCGCCCCUUACGGCAAAGCGGGCCUCAACACGGGCACCUUUCCUAAAGCCAAGCCUCACAGCAAUCACCCUCAGCCCGCCCACAGCCCUCUGCCGCCCUCCCAGAGCCAGACACUCCCCUUACCCUCCAAGCAGGACGCUCCACCCGCGGCCACCGUGCGACCCUUCACCCCGGAGCUACCCUCCUCCAAAGAUAACAACUUGAGCAAGCCGCAGACUGUCGCAGCCAGCUCCAUUUACUCCAUGUACACGCAGCAAUCUGGCAUCCAGGGGGCCCUCGGCAGGUCUCAGAGUCGCACCAACGGCUUCAUCAGCAUGUACGGAAAGCCAGUGAUUCCCAGCGGAGGCUCUCAGCACCCGGAGAACCCCUACAUGGAAUGCCGCUCCCCUGCGCCGGAAUCUGAGGUGGACCACAGCGGCGCCAACCCCGCAGGUCCCAGUCCAUCUGAGGGCUCCCAACCGGAGACGGAGCGCAUCCCCAGGCCCCUCAGCCCCACCAAGCUGCUCCCCUUCAUUUCCAACCCCUACCGGCACCAGAGCGAUGGGGAUCUUGAAGCCCUGAGGAAGAAGCUCUACAACGCCCCCAGACCCCUGAAGAAGCGCAGCUCCAUCACAGAGCCUGAGGGACCUACAGGGCCCAACAUCCAGAAGCUUCUCUACCAGAAAACCACCCUGGCAGCUAUGGAGACCACUGUGGCCACACCCACCACUCCCAGCUUCCCUGCUGAUGCAGAGAAAGGCGUGGAGAUAUCUGUGGGGCCACAUGUUCCAGGACCCCCGAGUGGUGCCGAGAACCACCAGUCAGACAAUCCGGCGGAGGUCCCAAGUGUAACAGUCCACAUUCCAACCCCAGCUGAACAACCCAGACUAACGGUAUCCAUCCUCGACAGCGAAGACAUCAUCCCCCCUCCUCCUCCGUCACACCCUGCUCCCAGACCGGAAGACGCUCUCUUCCCACCUCCGCCCCCUGCUGGUUUGGAAGACACAAUCCCCAACCUGCCUCCUCCACCUCCCGAGGGCUUUCUGGAAGAGUUCCCCCCUUACCCACCACCACCAUACCCCAGCGGAGGAGAGCAGGACAGCUUAGGAGAGGACACCUUUAAUAUGAAAGCGCCAGAGGUCACCGGUCAAGUGGCUUUGCCCCCCGGGAAGAGGACAAACCUGCGCAAGCUAGGCUCGGAACGAAUCAGCCACAACAUGAGAGUCAAGUUCAACCCGCUGGCUCUGCUGCUGGACUCUUCUCUGGAGGGGGAGUUUGACCUGGUCCAGAGAAUCAUCUACGAGGUGGAGGACCCCAGCCAGCCCAACGAUGAAGGCAUCACUGCGCUACACAACGCCGUCUGCGCCGGACACACGGAUAUUGUCAAGUUUCUCGUUCAGUUCGGCGUCAACGUCAACGCGGCCGACAGCGACGGCUGGACGCCUCUCCACUGCGCCGCCUCCUGCAACAACGUGCAAGUGUGCAAGUUCUUGGUGGAGUCGGCCGCCGCCGUCUUCAACACGACGUACAGCGACAUGCAGACGGCGGCCGAUAAAUGCGAGGAGAUGGAGGAAGGUUACACCCAGUGUUCCCAGUUCCUCUACGGCGUUCAAGAGAAGAUGGGCAUCAUGAACAGAGGCGUGGUCUACGGCCUGUGGGACUUCACGGGUGAAAACCCAGACGAGCUGUCCUUCCGCGAAGGCGACUGUAUGACCGUCAUCCGCAGAGAGGACGAGGAUGAGAUCGAGUGGUGGUGGGCACGCCUGGGGGACGACGAGGGCUACAUUCCACGCAACCUCCUUGGGCUCUACCCGAGGAUAAAGCCCCGACAGAGAAGCCUCGCUUAAAGGAUUCCUGCACAUUUCAACAUGCACGCUAACACACACACACACACACACACACACAGGCUUUACCAAUCCGGAAAGAGAAGGAAAGUGUUCCAAUGAAGAAACACUAUGAAGGAUCAACUAUGAAGUCUUUGUGGCCCAACUGGCACUUUUGUCUUCUCACAAACGACAUUUAUCCUUUUUUUUUUUCUUUCUCAUUGUCUGAAUUGUUUGCUAACGUGGCUAAUGUGGAUACAAACGGAACAAGCAGUAUUGUAAUAAGAACAUGUCAUGGUGACAAUCUCUAUAGGGGGGGUAGUCAGGAUUCGUGCCUAAAUGGAGAGGAAGCGUUGCUUUGAUUCUUUGCCUGUUCCAGUCUGUGGCCCAUGACACCCAACCAUCAGCGGCUGGGCCGAAACGCCGCAGAUUGUUGAUGUACUCAAAUGAUACAGGCACCGCUCGUAUACCCAAGCCGACGACCACAGAGAGAUGUCUCACUCUUUCCAGAAUUCAGUGACUGUUAGUCAGUAACAUUGUUUUCCCCUCCGAGUUCCCACUUCAAACAAAUCUCACAGUGCAGAUAUUUAUUUUUGUUACCUUUUUUGUUGCCCUAAUGUGUCUGUACCAACUAUAACCUCAAAUGUACUGUAGUCUUUUAAAACUUUAUAAUAAAAAUACUUUGUACCAAGCA